CGCCCCGCGCGCCCCGGGAUGCGGCUGCGGCCCGGGCCGCGGAGCCGAGGUUGCACGGGAUCUGGGCGAGCCGGGACUGGGGUUGCAGCGGGGACCCGGGGCGCGCGGGCGGGGCGCCAGGUACGGGGCGGGGCUCUGCCUUGCAGCCACCUGCCCCGCGCCCUUGCCCUGCUCGGCCCGAGCUCUUGCAGCGCAGUCCCGGGGCGGCGGCGCGGCGGUGGCACGGAGGCGGGUAGGGCUGCAGCCCGGGCAGCCGAGAGGCGCGCUGUGGACCUGUCCGACCGCGCGGAGCUCAGGUGACAGAAGCCUCGAGCCGGGCCGCAGCUUCAGGCUGCUCCUCGCGGAGUGCGCUCAGCCUCGCCCCGGGCAGCGACACAUCCAUCGCCUGGCCCGGGGCCUCUGAGCAUCUCCAUGCUGGACGCCGCCUCUCUGGGACAGCCAUGUGGCCGCCCAGCCGCCGGCAGCUCUGCUUCGGCUUCUGGCUAGUCUGUGGACUCUCGGCGCUCGGCUUUCUCCUUCAACUCCACCAAGACCUCUUGCGAAAGGGCUUGGACCUGUCGCUGCUGUGUCCCAGCAGCCACCUGCUGUCUUCCCCAGUGGCCAUGGUCUGCCUGACGUGCGCCCCGUCGCCAUCCUCGGCCGCCUCCUCCAACGCCUCCUCUUCCUACGCCCCGCAGCCUGAGUCCCUCUCGGGCACCUGGACCAUCUACCCCGAUGGCCGCUUGGGCAACCAGAUGGGACAGUACGCCACCCUGCUGGCCCUGGCGCAGCUCAACGGCCGCCAGGCCUUCAUCCAGCCGUCCAUGCACGCCACGCUGGCGCCCAUGUUCCGUAUCACCCUGCCCAUGCUGGCCCCCGAGGUGGACAGCCGCACGCCCUGGAAACCCCUGCUGCUGCACGACUGGAUGUCGGAGGAGUAUUCGCAGCUGCGGGAGCCCUAUCUCAAGUUGUCCGGCUUCCCCUGCUCCUGGACCUUCUUCCACCACCUCCGUGAGCGGAUCCGUAGCGAGUUCACGCUGCAUGAGCACCUCCGGGUCGAGGCCCAGCGGCUGCUGAGCCGCCUGCAGCUGGGCCGCUCAGGGGCGCGCCCCAGCACCUUCGUGGGCGUGCACGUGCGCCGUGGGGACUACCUGCAUGUGAUGCCCAACCGCUGGAGAGGUGUGGUGGGCGACCGUGCUUACCUGCAGCAGGCCAUGGACUGGUUUCGGGCGCGGUACGAGGCCCCAGUUUUUGUGAUCACCAGCAACGGCAUGAAAUGGUGCCGGGAGAACAUCGACGCCUCGCGGGGCGAUGUGAUCUUUGCGGGCGACGGGCUGGAGGCGGCGCCCGCCAAGGACUUCGCCCUGCUCACCCAAUGCAAUCACACCAUCAUGACCGUGGGCACAUUCGGGUUCUGGGCCGCCUACUUGGCAGGUGGGGACACGGUCUACCUGGCCAACUUCACCCUCCCGGACUCGGACUUCCUGAAAAUCUUCAAGCCAGAGGCGGCCUUCUUGCCCGAGUGGGUAGGCAUUAAUGCCGACCUGUCUCCACUCCAGAGGUCCAAGUCCUGGAGGUUCGGGAGAUGGCUGGGUUAGUCUCAGCCUUCUCUAGCCCCAUGGUCCGUGUGUCCCUCUGGAGGCCUGGAAUGUGGUUUCUGCAGCAGGUGGGUGUACCCACAGCUGGGCCUGGAGACCAGGGGCUGGGAACAUUCUAGGACCAACAGAGCCUUCCCCUUUGCCCCCAUAGCUGUCAAUGCAUGGAGCAGCCCAGGGCAGUUCCUGAGGCCAGAGGGCCAUUCAUCCAUCCUUGACCAGAUGUGGAAGGCUUUGAGAAGAUUGCCGUCCACCAGAAUGGGGGGACCUUCCUUCCAGUGUGGAGGGAGAUGUUUAGAGGUGCCCUCCUCCCUCCAGCCCUGGGAGGCCUCAGAAGACUGAAGGGUAAACCUCAGCAGCUGUUCUAGGACAGCAGGUUCCAGGUCCCUGGGCAGAUGUCUGCAAUGAUUCUAGACAGAACCUUCCAGAAGGGGACAAGGAACCCCAGAGAGAGGGUCAAAGAAUCUGAUGCAAAUCCAAUUAUCCCAACCACUCCAAAAAGGGUAAGUCUCAGAAAACCAACCCUGCAGCUGGCCUCACCACACCUGCCCUCAGUCCACAGCCUCUGGAUUAAAAAAAAAAAAAAAAAAAGCUGAUGUGGUCGGGUACUGGGUGGAGCUGGUGCCCACAGUCCCUGCCCUUGACCAGGCCUGGCACAGGUGCACUGUGGCAGCAGCAACUCAGCGCUUCCACAACAGAGACCCAAGGACACUUCAAAACAAAAACAUAAAAAAUGCAAGUGCGUAACCAAAGACUAGAGCAGCACAUGCUGCCAGGCUGGGCUGCCCCGGGCAGCGGGCUGUGGAGACCAGCAGGCAUGUGGGUGGCUGGCGGCAAGCCGGUCUGGUCUGGCUGGCAUCAGGACCCUGAGGCCUCAGAAGCAAAGCAAGGGCUCCGGCUUUGGCCA